CGAGGAGGACAAAGAGACCGAAGCGCCCAUGGGGAAAGGCGGGGAGCAAGGCGAAGAAUGCGGCGAACGGGAGGCGCCGAUUCCCGCGUACACCUGGGAGGAGAUCCAGAAGCACAACCUGCGCACGGACAAGUGGUUGGUGAUCGAGCGAAAGGUGUACAAUAUCACCCAGUGGGUUAAAAGGCACCCGGGGGGAAUCCGCGUGAUCAGUCACUACGCCGGCGAAGAUGCCACGGAUGCAUUUCGGGCCUUUCAUCCAGAUAUCACCUUUGCAAAGAAGUUUCUUAAGCCAUUAUUAAUCGGAGAACUUGCUCCAGGAGAACCCAGCCAAGAUAGAGGAAAGAAUCCUCAGCUAGUAGAAGAUUUUCGUGCCCUGAGAAAGACAGCAGAGGACAUGAAGCUAUUCAAAUCCAAUCCUAUAUUUUUCUCCCUUUAUUUGAUUCACAUCAUUGUGAUGGAAGUUUUGGCUUGGUUAAUGGUAUCAUACUGUGGGACAAGUUGGAGCAUAACCUUUGUCCUUUCCAUCAUCCUCACAGUCUCUCAGGCCCAGGCUGGGUGGUUGCAGCAUGACUUUGGACAUCUCUCUGUAUUUCAGAAGUCUGUAUGGAACCAUAUAGUUCAUAAGUUUGUGAUUGGUCACUUGAAGGGUGCUUCAGCAAAUUGGUGGAAUCACCGGCACUUUCAGCACCAUGCAAAGCCAAACAUCUUUAAGAAAGACCCAGAUGUGAACAUGCUGCAUCUCUUUGUCUUGGGAGAUACCCAACCUGUGGAGUAUGGAAAGAAGAAGCUGAAAUACUUCCCUUAUAAUCAUCAACAUGAAUACUUUUUUUUGAUUUUCCCACCUCUCCUUAUUCCAGUCUAUUUCCAAAUGCAAAUCUUCACAACAAUGUUCAAACACAAGUUCUGGGUGGACCUGGCAUGGGCCUUCAGCUACUAUGUACGCUACUUUAUCACCUACAUCCCAUUUUAUGGAUUUCUUGGGUCCCUGCUUCUCCUCACCUUUGUCAGGUUUAUGGAAAGCCAUUGGUUUGUUUGGGUUACUCAGAUGAAUCAUAUUCCAAUGGAAAUUGACAGAGAGAAGCACAGAGACUGGCUCAGCUCCCAGCUGGUAGCUACUUGCAAUAUUGAGCAGUCUUUUUUCAAUGACUGGUUCAGUGGACAUCUGAACUUUCAAAUAGAGCACCAUUUGUUUCCCACAAUGCCACGCCACAACUACCACAAGAUAGCACCGUUGGUAAAGUCCCUGUGUGCCAAGUAUGAAGUUCCUUAUGAAGAAAAACCUCUUCUGAGAGCAUUUGCAGACAUUGUUGGAUCCCUAAAGAAAUCUGGAGCGCUGUGGUUGGAUGCUUACCUCCAUAAAUGAAGCUGGAUUUCGGUGAAGAGAAUGACUUAGCAAAGGGGAGGGCUGGGGAAAGGGGUAAUGUGUAUUCUUCUUGUCUGAUUUCAGUCUGUAUGUGUACACACAUUUGGAAAGAAGUUUCCUGUACUGUAUUGUCAAACUGAAGUUGAGGCAGAUUGAGGGAACCUAUUUUAAAUCAGAAGGCAUUUUAGAUGUGUCAGAUACUGGGGGGAGAAAGAGAGAGAAAAGAUUCAACAAAGGGUAGCUCAGAAGGUUAGGACCUUUUAAAGAGAAGAGAUAAAGGUGUGAAAGAAGGAGCAAGUUGAUCUUUGUAUCUUCUAAGUCUUGCUGUUGUAGUUCCAACUUUGUCUCUUAUCCCAGGGAUUUUCAAAUUUCUUCAGGAUUGGAACCUUCAAUUGAAAACAACAAUUCAGAACCCAAUUAAAUUUAAACAAAGCAAUGACUCAUCAUUAAUACUAAUAUCCUCCCCAACGGGGUUGGAGUUUUUGAAUGUCAGCCAAACAGCCCCACCCUUUCCAUUGUAUCAUGGAAAAAUUGCUGCAGACAGGUUUAAGUGGAUCUUUUUCUUGCUCUUAGUCUCUUGUGAAACUCCAGGGUUUUAUAAAACACAGUUUGAAAAAAGCUACAGAGGUGAUUGGGUUACAUAGAGUCCAGCUAUCCAUUGGAUCUACAUUAAAUACAGGAAGCUUAGUUGGUUCCUUCAAAGAAUCAACUGUAAACAAACACAUUUAAGGAUUAUCCUCCUUAAUAAUGGUCACACAAGAGAGGAGGAAAGGGUGAGAUACAUUUAAUUCAGAGAAUAAUAUCUAAAAUAUCAGGUAAAACAAUUUGCAUUCCAUCCCACAUAUUGAUUUUUUAAAUUUGAUUUAAGAUCAAGUAACUAAGCAUUAUCAGACAUCUAAUGGAACAGUUCUCCUUUUCCAAAAUCAUCAGGUGAAAAUGCUUAAAUUCUCUUUUUAAAAAAUCAAAUAAGAAGCAUUGUCUCGUCAAAUGAAGCUUCUGUUCUCAGUUU